AUUGUAAUGCAUAGAAAUUUGUGGCAGUUUGAAGUUUGACCCGCAUCCCCAAGGAGGAGGAGGCAAUGCCAGCAAGAGAAUGACGCCCAAGCGAAAGCGACGCAGCAAAAGUCGAGCGGCGGCGGCGGAACAACAACAGAAACAACAACAACAACACCAGCAGCUGCUGGCUGAGCUGGAGCUAACGGAUAGCUGCUGCGACAUUUGCCACUGCGACUGCUACAGUUCGCACAGCAGCGGCAAUGCCAGCGGACGCGAGGAGCUGCACCAGCUGGAGCUAGAGAUACGCCAAUUGGAGCAACUGCAGCGCAGCGAGAGUGCUCAAAAGCAGCCCAGAAGUCUGAGCAGACAACGAAGCGCUUCCAAAUCGCCAACCGCCGAGGCCAAAGCAGCAAGAAAGGAAACACGUCGCGGUUCCAGCGCCAGACGGUCCAAGAGCGCGGGCAGCCAGCGCAGUCAGUCCAGGCAGCAGGAGCCGCAGGAGGAGUUGCAACUGCAACUGCCGUUGCAGCCACAGCCAACAACAAAAACAACAACUGCAACAACAACACAGAUUAAGCAGCGUGGAAAGCGGCCAACGGGUGCACUGCGAGAUUGCCAAAUGCUGCAGACUGUUUUCGGCCUCGAUGCAUCGGCGACGCUGGCGAUACGCGGCAGCCGAGCCAAGUCCAGAUCGCAGGAGAAUAUGGCGCUGGUGCCGCUGGCACAAUCCGAGGCGCAGUCGCAAUUGUGCGCGUCGAUGGCCAAUUUGUGUUUGGUGCCGACGGUGCGGGCGGCCUAUGAGAAGGUGCCACAGCACGACCAGAAGAUACUCAAUCGGAUGGCGGUGAAGAGGAGCCAGCAGGCGGCGGACAAGGAGCACGCCUGGCUGGCGCGCAAGUACUGGGAGAACGAGCGACUGGAGCAGCAGCUGCUCAAGUGCGAGCAACUGGAGGAGUACAAACAGGCGGUGCACGACAAACAGUUUCAGGACUAUCUGCUGACCAAGGCGCGUCUGCAGGCGCUGGCCGAACGGGAUCUGGCGGAACUGCGACGAUUGCGCGGCGCACUCGAUGCCAAGGAUGCGGCGGCCAAGCAGCGUUUGCAGGCCAUGCGACUGGAACGGGAUUUGGUGCUGUGUCAGCGUCGCUACGAGGAGUCGCGACGCAGCGAGGCCGUCACACUGCAGCAGGAGGAACAGCAGCUGGACGCAACACUGCGGAAGCGGGACACCUGCAUGCGACUCACAGAGCGCCUGAGGCGAGCGGAUGAGCUGCGCAAUGAGCUGCUCGAAGGAUAUUUGCGGCGGCUGCAGCACGACAAUCAAGUGGAGCAGCUGCAGCACGAGGAACACUGGCGGGAGCGCCAGCAACUGGAGCGUCUAAAGCGGGAGCAACUGCAGCACGACAUCCAGCGCAAGCGGCAGCAGUCGCAGCGAUUUGUCGACACCCGCCAGCGGCGACACGAGGCCCGCUUUCGCACUGCCAAGAUCUCGGCCAGCCUCAGGGAACUGGUGCGUCAGUCUGUGACACCCGAAUCCGCUCUCGACACCCAGCAGCCUGCAAAUUCCAGCUACUAUGCCCAGCAACAGUCGCAGCUGAGUCGACUGCUCUUCAACCAGAAAUGAGAUAAAUCCCUCACCAAAAUAAGAUUGUUGUUAUUGUGUAAAUAAAUGAAAG